AUGUCACAUAAAAUCAUUGAUUACUUUCAACUGAACAAGAUUCUUAAUCAAACAAUUGCAUAUCAAUUGCCAUUGGAUCACAAUGAUGCCAAUUUUCGCAAAAUUCGAAUUGUCAUUACCAUUUCUCAGAAAUAUGACAGGACUAAACACGCCAAUUUGGAUGGCUUUAAAGAAGUGAUUUUACCUGAAUCGCCCAAUUUGUUGCUUUACUUACAAGGUGGACCGGGUUUUGGCUGUGCUGUCCCUACAAGCUACACAGGUAUAACUAAGGUGUUGUUGGAUGAAGGGUAUCAAAUUGUAUGGAUGGAUCAAAGAGGUACUGGUGGAAGUACCCCCAUCGAUUACAAGACAUUGAGUCAACAUUUAUCAACUACUUCAGUUGGUGAUCAAUUGAAAACAAUUUUGAAUUUUCGUGCUGAUUCAAUUGUUAAAGAUGCCGAAUUGAUUCGCAAAGAAUUAAUUGGUGAUGCCAAAUGGUCGUCAUUGGGUCAAUCAUAUGGUGGAUUUUGUAGUUUUACUUAUUUAUCGCUUUUUCCUGAAUCGUUGAAACAAGUGUUUGUCACUGGUGGUGUACCGCCAAUUGGAUUUGAUGUUGAUUCGGUAUAUACACAAACGUACAAACGUACAACGGAGCGAAAUGUCCAUUAUUAUCGAAAAUACCCCCAAGAUGUUGCUCGUGUGGUUGAGAUUUGUCAAUAUUUGAAGUCAAAUGAGGUAACCUUACCUGAUGGUGGUCGUUUAUCAGUUGAACGGUUUCAACAAUUGGGACUCAAUUUCGGUGGGUUUGGUGGAACUGACCAAGUUCAUAGUAUAGUGACGUCAUUUUGGCAGAAUUUGGAAACAUUUAAAUAUCCAACGAUAUAUACAUUAACCUUGGUUCAAAAUGCCAUGUCAUUCGAUACUAAUGUCAUUUAUGCUCUUUUCCAAGAGGCAAUCUACUGCAGUGGGCGAAUCAAGAGCAAUUGGAGUGCUGAUAGGUUACGGUACGCCCCUGGCAAUGAGAAAUUCCAAUUCAACAAUAAUGAGAUAUACUUUACUGGUGAGAUGGUGUACAAGAGCAUGUUUGAUGACUAUAUUCAACUCAGGCAAUUCAAACCAUUAGCUUACGCAUUGCAUGAGAAGGAAGAGUGGAACGCAUUGUAUGAUACAGGCAUGUUGCAAAAAUUGACCUGGAAAGAUGUACCUAUUGUUGCUACUACAUAUUAUGCUGAUCAAUAUGUUGAUUUUGAAUUGACAAAAGACGUUAAACAACAAUACCUCCCGUCUUGCAACUUACGUCAAUACAUCACAAACGAUUUAUUUCAUAAUGGGUUACGAAUCGAUCCUGAAAGAGUUCUUGGAUCAAUGUUUAAAUUAUUGGAUAACGAUUUUGAUUGA